GGAGGGAGGCCGGCUUUUUUAGGAGGGAGACCCUCCUUCGCGGCCGCCCGCUCGCAGCCAUGGCUUUGAAGGAGGCGGGCGGCAGCAUCCUGCCCAUCAGCGACAUGGUAUCGGGGCCGUCGGGCUCGCCGUUCCCCGAGGUGGUGGAGCUGAACGUGGGAGGCCAGGUGUACGUGACGAGGCACUCCACGCUGCUCAGCGUCCCGGACAGCACGCUGGCCACCAUGUUCUCCCCGUGCCGGGGCGGCCCGGCGGCGGCCCGCCAGCUGCCCAGGGACAGCCGGGCACGCUUCUUCAUCGACCGCGACGGCUUCCUCUUCAGGUACGUGCUGGAUUACCUGCGGGACAAGCAGCUGGCGCUGCCCGAGCACUUCCCCGAGAAGGAGCGGCUCCUGCGGGAGGCCGAAUACUUCCAGCUGGGCGAUCUGGUGAAGCUGCUGUCGCCCAAGGUCACCAAGCAGAGCUCGCUCAACGACGAGGGCUGCCAGAGCGACCUGGAGGAUAGCAAUUCGCAGGGCAGCAGCGACCGGCUUCAGCGGGCGGCGCUGGACAAGCGCUCGGGCUUCCUCACCGUGGGCUACCGCGGCUCCUACACCACGGUGCGGGACAACCAGGCGGACGCCAAGUUCCGCCGCGUCGCCCGCAUCAUGGUGUGCGGUAGGAUCGCCCUAGCCAAGGAGGUCUUCGGAGAGACCCUCAAUGAGAGCCGCGAUCCCGACCGCCCCCCCGAGAAGUACACCUCCCGCUUCUACCUCAAAUUCACCUACCUGGAGCAAGCUUUCGACCGGCUCUCCGAGGCGGGCUUCCACAUGGUGGCUUGCAACUCCACCGGCACCGCCGCCUUCAUCAACCAGUACAGGGACGACAAGAUCUGGAGCAGCUACACCGAGUACAUCUUCUUCAGUCUGAAGAUGUGUUAUUUUCUGCUGGUUCCUCAGUCAUCCACGGAUAUUCAGUCAGAAUGAUUAUUGAUGCAGCAGGUGUGUUCUGAUUUACUUAAUAUCCCAGAAUGCCUGUCAUUAUUCACUUUCAUAUUUAUUUUGCAUGAGAUGCAUGUUUAGUGCUGUACUGUUAAGCAAAAAGACUUGUCUCCUGCCCCAAGACAAUUGAAAAUGGCAAAACAGGAACUGGGACAAUUGAAAUGAAUGUAACAUAAAUGCAAACCAAUUGUAAUUCCUAUAAGUAUUCCUUAGAAUGGUUCUGUUUAAAUUUUAUUACAAUGUGGGGUAUGAUCACAAUCUCUUCAUUUGUUUUUAAAUCAAUGAAACCCCUUGUGAGUUAAAUCAACUCAUGUCUAGACUAUGCUUUUCUGCACCAAAUCUUCCUAAUUACCCAUCUUCCUCUUUGACAACUUCAUAUUUGUAAGACUUAUCAAAUUACUUUGCUCUAUUGUUUGCUCAUCAACUGUGUGAUCAACUAACUUAGAAAUUAUAUAAUGGGAAUGCAAAAUAGAAAUAAAAGAAAAAAGUGCACACGUACAACUUAUUCCCAUACUGAACAUUCUGGUUGGUGUGUGAUAGCUGAGAAGUUUUAUCAUCUGCCACUAAGCAGAAAAGCUCCUGAGUGGAUGAAGACAUUUUUUCAUAGGACUCUAAUGUUUAAGUAAGACCUUAUGGUUUGUCACAGAUCUGUUGGUAUGAAUGGGGUACUUGUCCCUUGGUAUCCAAUUGAAGAAUUAAUGCCUUAAAACUGAGGUCUUAAGUUUACUAUCUGUUCAAGUGCUAGCACUGCAGAGCAACAUUCUGAUGCAGCUGAUAGCCAGGGGAUCUUACCUCAGGGAAGAGGGAUAGAUGGAAGAGUACCAUGUUCCUCAGAAAGACUGGUUAAACAAUUUUAAAAAAGCACAUGCAAGUUCAUCUACCUGUAAGAAUGGAGACCAGACCUUUCCAGAGACUCAAGGCAGGGUCUCCAUCUUAAUGCCACAUGGCUGCAUUCUCCAAGCAAGCCCAUCCACCAGGCAGAAGUACUGGGAUAAGUUGCUAGAGGGCACUUUUUGACUGAAACAGGCAUUCCACCCAAAGUUCCUCAAAGGCAAACCUGAAAAGGGGCUGCCAGAUUCUGUGGAAGGCACUUGUCUGAAACAAUUUGCUGGCCCAUCCCUGCCGUUCAUUGUUGUGACAUUUAACAUUUGCAAGCCCCCUUAUAUUACCCAAGUGCAAUGCUGCAUCAUAGAAAAGGUGCAUUCUCCUCCUUGCAGAACCACCCUAUCUGUACCUUCUGUACUGUGCUGUUGUGUAUGCAAUCCAGGUGGGAAAACAAGCUGAUUUUUUUUUUUUGAAAUUUUUUUGAAAGAGAGAAUUAUUUAUUUCUGGCUGUGGGAAUAUUUUCUGGCAGUGGCAGUGUAUUCUCUCUAAGUCAUCACAGCAAAUUCCUUUUUUAUUUCUUCUUUCUCAGGCUCUAACUCCUGCACUGCACAGCAUUGCUAAAAGCAUUGCUCCCACCUGGAGCAGUUUAUUGGACACCACUGGAGGAGAGAGAGCAACUACUGCUGCUUUUCCCAUCACAGGAGAAAGUAGUUACAGCCUUAACCUCCUCUCAGUCUCCAAUGUCUUGUAAGGCUGAACGAUGCCAACUGCAUUCAGCAUGGAAUUUGGGUUAUUUGUUUACUGGUUUGUGGUUUUUCCCUCUGUAAGCUUUCUUCUAGAGACACCAGCUGCGAAUCUGGGCCGGUAGCCAACUUUGUCUCCCCUUGAACAAAAAUAAGACAAAGCUAUUGGGAAGUGUGGAGAGGGCAGCGGAAGAUCACACAGCAACUUAUGUCAACCACACAAUGCACCCCCAAGAUGGAGCAAGCUGCAAGGUGCUGGCCCAGAGGGAGAGCCUUAAACAACAUUCAUACUGACACUUGCCUGCAGAUGUGUGGCCCCUCACCAAACAGAGCCCAAGUGAAGAUGGCAAUAAGCUGAUCUUGGCUUUUCCUGAACUUGCAGGGCACAGAGCUGCAGGAGGAGAGGGCUUACAGACCCCUGCACCAGCUGGAUCUGGGCUCACCCUACCCACCAUAAAUGAGACAGUGGCUGUAGAGGGUCCCAGAGGGAGCGAAGCAGGUGCAGUAUACUCAGAGAGAACGAUAUUCCUAGGCUGAGGUGGGAAUCAUCAUCUGAUUCACUGUAGGAAAACCAGAAGCAUCUCUGCCGUUUGGGAGAGGUAGUGAAAGGGGACUUCAGACUGGAGUUAAGGGCAUGAAAGUAAGCAGUGACUGUGCAGUAAGGGGAUGAUGAGGGCAGAAUGGGAAACUGUGAUUUCUUCCCUUGUAAGCUGCAUAGGGUAAAAACAUGCCUUCCGAAGGAAAUGAAGUUGAGUAGUAGGGCAACAUCUAUGCUGGGAGGCAGUAGAGAAAUGAAGGGAGGCAUUUCCGAAUUCUGCCAACCUUGUCUGGCCCAGAAAACUUUCUCUCUUAUUAAUACACCCAUUCACUCCCAGCACAGAUGUUGCCUUUCCCCCCUUUUCCCAUCCAGUCAUGGUGCUUUCUUCACCAGCUGCCUUUCAACCGAUUGCAUUGUAGCAGUGCUGCAUAUCAGACACGAAUCUGUGGUUGGGGAACGACUGCUCAUCUCUAACAUCACUAACAGCCAUCCCCGACAGUGUCCCUCAUCUCAUUAAAAAAAUAAAAUAAAAUUAGGCUUUCAGGAAAAUCCAGAGCAGCAAAGGGGUUCCAAGAUGUGACUGAUGUGACUGACCAGAUGUUCUUCUGGAAGAGCUUGGGACUGUUCCUGUCUGCAAAGCCUGCAGUGUAACUAUUUGGUGUGUACUCAUGUUGCGACAUUUGGGUAGGUAGACGAUGAUGGAUGGACAGAUACCUGAAGGUUUAGGCAGCAGGUAAGUUACAGUUUAACCAAAGUUUGGGAUGCCUGGAUUGUAAGCAAAGCUGCCAGUCUGCCUCUUUAUGAAUCCCUCUCCAUGGGCUGAUGCCCUGGCUUCUGUCCGUCUCCAGAGGGGUGCACACUGCCCAGGGCUGGGGCUGGCCCUGGGUCCCAGCUGCCCAGUUCCCUGGCGGGGACAGUGGGAACAGCCCUGGCUGCCCAUUCCUGCCCUGCUGCUCUCCAGGGAGCCACCAUGGUCCCUAACAAUGUAUAUGCAUACAAAAGCUGUUCAGCUAGAUAUAUUCUUAGGAAUUAAAAUAAGAUUGGAUUACUAAAAUAGUAAAAACAAUGGAAUAAUCACAAAAAUGCUGGAACAGCAACAAUGUCUCUGUCAUUACAGUUGUGGUUGAUUAAAAGUAAUCACUUUCCUGAUAUUUUUCUCUAUUUUUCAGGUGAAGGAAUAGAAGCUGUGCAAAUAUCUGCCUUGGACAGUUCUGCUCACUGCUCAAUUCUCCUUCCUUGCAUUUGAAACAACUCAUAAUAAUUUCAUGCAGGACAAAAAGGCUAUGUGCUUCAACUAAUACAGGACAGGAAUGAAGCUGUAACUCUAUGUAUUGGAAACAAUCACCCACAAAAUAUAGCCCUUCUUCGAGAAUACAAGAUGAUGAAAUGUCAGCAUGCUUCUGGAAAUAUCUGCUUGUCAGAGAAACAAAAAAAAUAACCUCAUUCUCUGCCCCCCUCUCCCUUCAAUUUAUGUAACUUCUAAGACUGACUUUUAAAAACAAUGGAGCUGGUAGAAGGAAAAAUAUGAACCUUAAAAAGUUUUAUCAACAGGAAGACAGUUAAGCAUGUCCCUAGGGUUAUGGAGAAAAAAAUUUUCUUCCUGUUGUAAUAAAUGAACAAUUUAUAAAAAAAAAAUAGUGUAUAUACAUUUAAUGCAUUCUAAAUCCUAGAACUGGCAUUUGUCAUUCACUGUCUAUUCACCUCUCUACUAGCAAAAUCUUAAAUCUUUGCUUAUUUAGACACUGCCAGAACAGCUGUCCAUUCUAUCAGUAGAGAGGGGUCCUUAAAACUGGAGACAAAGAAUUUUACAGUCCUAUUAGGCCUCUUUUACUGUCACUCCUUAUGAAGAGCAUUAGUGCAAAUGAAAAUCGGGCACCUUCCUCUUCAUAACACUGACAUUUAUUAGCAGGUUAAGGUAGGAGAAGAGGAGUCCUUUUGAUGAGUAGCAUAGAAGAUAAUUAAUUAGAUUGCAAUUCAGCAGAAAAGUGUUAAAUUUAAACUUCAGAAGAAUUAUAAAACUUAUUGAAUUGACCUGGAAUGUGCUGAAAUUUCUAGCAACUUACUUAUUGCCCUAAAUUAAAUAUCCUAAAAUCAUGAUUGGACAUUAAAAAAUUGAAUUGGUUGACCUGACCUGUGAGCAGGCAAUAAAUAACAAACUGGGGGGGAUUGAUAAUAAAUGUGUAUUCUGAGAGGAAGAAAAUUCCUCUCUAUAGAAAAUACAAAUAGUUAGUUUAAUAAUUCCUGACCAAUGAAGACUACCGUUUUAAAUCUGUUUCUGUUCAUUUCUAGGAAGACCCAAAGGCUUCAGCAGAGGGGCUUCAAAUAAUAUUUUGAAUGAAGGAGUUCACAAUAGAAGCAUAUAAAGCAGGAGAUGCCAAAUGGACAGUUUUCUUUCCGAUGCUUUGUUUUCCUGCCUCACUUAACUCCUGUCUCCUUUGUGCUGUGCAUGCUGGCCCAACGAGCAGUCUGUCAGCUGUCACAAAUAUUUGAAGACAUGGACUGAUGAAUGUGCUCCAUAUAAAGUGUUUCUGAUCUUCAGAUUUUAAUGUGUUUCCUAGAUAUUUAGCAGAGUUCCCUAAUCCUUACAUCACAUCUAUAAAAUUAGUGUAACAGGGACAUUUAAUGUAAUGGACUAUGAGGCUGGUACAGCUGAACCUGAGGGCACAUGCAGAAGUCUUAUGCAUGGUUCUUAAAACCAAAAAGAAUUUAAUAAAUAAAAAAAGUUUAUUAAAACAGAACCAUGAACAAAAAUUAAAAAAGAGGUUCUACAGUUCAGUUUUGAGGAGCCCAAUUUCACUCUGUGUUUAUAAGACUGUGGGAAGAUGGCUGGGGUAAACAUUAGAGGAAACUGACAAGUUAUGUUCACAUCCUAACACAAGUUAUAACAGUAUGGAAAUUGUAGGGUAAAAUACAGCUGCUACUCCCUGGAUGGAAUGCGCUUGGUAUCCUCAAAACCUAUUCCUUGGUGAUUUUCCAUAUGCACAAUCUGCAACCAUAAGCACCUGCCAAGAGGGUUGGAAAAGAGAUCAUCAAGUCCCACUGAUCCAACACCGCCAUGGUUACUAGACCAUGGCAUUAAGUGCCACAUCCAGUCUCAUCUUGAAAACCUCCAGGGACAGUGAAUCCAGCACAUCCCUGGGCAGCCCAUUACUGUGUCUGAUUACUCUCUCUGUAAAAAACUUCUUCCUAAUAUCCAACCUAAACCUCCCCUGGCACAGCUUAAGACCAUGCCUUCUUGUCCUACUGCUGGUUGCCUGGGAGAAGAGACCAAUGCCCACCUGGCUACAACCUCCUUUCAGGGAGUUGUAGAGAGUGAUGAGGUCUCCCCUGAGCCUCUUCUUCUCCAGGCUGAACAACCCCAGCUCCCUCAGCCUCUCCUCAUAGGACUUGUGCUCGAGACCCUUCACCAGGCUCGUUGCUCUUCUCUGGACCUGCUCCAGCACCUCAAUAUCCUUCCUGAACUGAGGGGCCCAGAACUGGACACAGUACUCCAGGUGUGGCCUCACCAGCACUGAGUACAGGGGAAGAAUCACUUCCCUGGUCCUGCUGGCCACACUGUUCCUGAUACGGGCCAGGAUGCCAUUGGCCUUCUUGGCCACCUGGGCACACUGCUGGCUCAUGUUCAGCUUCCUGUCAAUCCAAACUCCCAGGUCCCUUUCUGCCUGGCUGCUCUCCAGCCACUCUGUCCCCAGCCUGUAGCGCUGCAGGGAGUUCUUGUGGCCAAAGUGCAGGACCCGGCACUUGGCCUUGUUGAACCUCAUCCCACUGGAAUCAGCCCAUCUCUCCAGCUUCUCCAGGUCCCUCUGCAGAGCCCUCCUGCCUUCCAGCUGAUUGACACUCCCCCCCGACUUGGUGUCAUCUGCAAAUUUGAUGCAAUACCACUACUCUGUCCCAGAUGAAAUUACCACUGUAAUGGAUGUUAGCUUCCAAUAACCUACCCCAAUGUGAGAUUCCACAAGGGAGACACAGUUUAUGUGAGGUAUCACUAAAGUGUCCCAUAAUAUGCAUAAAAGACCAAAUUGCACAUAAAAGAUGGACAUCAUCUGAAUGCGGAGCCUCUGCUCUCUCUGCAACAGAUGUUUUCUUUCAUGCUGCCCAGAAAGGAUAUAUCUUGGAGAUUGUUUUAACGCAAAUAUAUGUUAUUGUCUCUAUAAACAUUUGUCAGUUUCAUUUUUGGCCUCUACUUUCUCAUUGAAUUCUCCCUAGUUUAGACCAGAAUGUAAAUACAUGGAAAAAUGUAGGACUCACCCUUUAGAGUGAAAAGACAUGCAGGAUUGUCCUCCACAGAGCUGCUGCUUCUUUUCCUGUCACACACUG